GUUUUCCUGACAGCCUGUCGCAGGAGACAGUCACAUAGCAACAGAGAAACCUAGGUGGGUCUCUGCGAGUUUUACCAGAAGCAGUGAAAUAUGAUAUGGAGGAGAAAAUCAAAACAUGAGUAAUACGAUACGAGGUUCCAAGCCCAUCAAAGGUCACACACCGGUAGAGGGUGGAAACUUAUGAAGUUCAGAGUGCACUGCCACAGAGUGCGGAUGUUUUUACUGAAGAGUCCGUGCAGUCAGUCACCCUGUUAGAUGUGCAGCAGAGAGAGUUGCUUACAGUCGACGAGGGCCAGAUUGUUGUUCACAGUGAAGUGACAGGGAAGGAUGUUAUGAGAUGCACACUGCCAUCGUGUGACGAGCAUGUGUUGUAUGUUUAGGUAGAGCAGAGCAGUCACUGUCUUGUUCUGUUUGGCAUAUAGUGUCUUGUCACAUUUACCCUGAUUGUUGUGCACUGUAAAGGGAGAUCAGGGGAGCUUCAGUUUCACGACAAAACUGAGAACUUUCAAGAUGAACGUUUACUGGAUACCCACGAUCCUCCUCUCCCUCUCCAGUGCUGCCAACAUGAUAAGCUCAAACAACUGUAAAGACAAGCUCAGAACGUUCAAUGUGGUCCGUGUGUUUGUCAACGGCACUGCAUCUGUCAGCUGCCCCAACCUGACAGGCAAGGACCAGGAGGAGAUGAGAUUCCACCUAUACCUGGGCUUGGUCGAGGUUGGCAACCACACUCACGACAAUGGUCACAACCACAACUCCACAGAGACCGUGAGUCCUGUUGGGGAGGGUCUGGGGCUGAGGGUGAACGAACAGGACCAUACGGUCAGUUUUGUCCUCUCUGGAAUGACCACGGAGCGCGCUGGAGUCUAUACCUGUGAGGGGUACCCCAUGUACCCACCUCCCAUUGAGAAAGUACCAGACGAGCCUCAGACCUUGGUCCUGGUUGAAGCUCUCCAGUGCCAGGCAAGGAAGCCUGUGGGAUGUGUAGGCUCUGCUUGGACAUGGGUACUGGGGUUCUGUGUCACCAUCAUCUAUGGCCUGGCUGUCACUGUCAUCGCCUUUGCCAUCCGGCUCAGACUGAGGAGAGUGGAGUGUUCCCAGAGCGACGACAUGAACAUCAAACCCAAAGCUCCACUCAGGUGGCCCAGGAAGAAGCAGGGGGUCCAGCAUCCAAUCCGAAUGGGACGAUACUGAUCACUGUCAUCCUCAGAUCAGAGUUGAGCCACAAUUUGCCUUUGAGAGCGGACUUCUGAAACACACCAAGUUCUCCAUGUAAGCCAGUUCGUCAAGUCACAUGGUAUACAUCUAAUUGUACAACUGAUUGUGUGUCAAUAAAGAUUUGAGUUAUCUUAUAAAUGUAAAUCAAA